GAUCGGAGUGAAGUCCGGGAUUUCGGACUGACCUGGAAGGCACCACCGUUCGUCUCGCGGCAUCAGCAGUCCGUUCAACUCCAGCUCGGGAGAGCGCCGACUCCGCUACUCAAACCCGACAUGGAAGCCCUGAGGGAGGCUGGCAGGGCGCUGAUCCGGAGUCCCAGUGCGGCCAAGCAGUCGUGGAGCGCAGGCAGACACAGAAAGCUUCCGGAGAAUUGGACCGACACACGGGAGACCAUCUUGGAGGGGAUGACCUUUAACCUUGGUCACCUGGGCAUGACGCUGGUGGACCAGCCCAAAGGAGAGGAGCUGUCAGCCUCUGCUGUCAAGAGGAUUGUUGCUACGGCUAAAGCCAGUGGGAAGAAGCCCCAGAAGGUCUCUCUCAAGGUUUCUCCUCAGGGAAUCGCCAUUUACGACAGAACUACCAACCAGCUCCUGGAAAACGUCUCCAUCUACAGAAUAUCCUACUGCACGGUGGACAAACUGCACGACAAAGUCUUUGCCUAUAUCACGCAAAACGCCCUCAACGGGACGCUGGAAUGUCACGCCUACUUGUGCGCCAAGAGAAGAGAGGCGCAGGCUGUGGCGCUGACGGUCGCUCAGGCCUUCACUGUGGCGUUUGAGCUCUGGCAGGUAGCGAGAGAAGAGAAAGGAAGAAGAGUGACGUCUGGUUCUGCUGGAGAUGCGAGCAGCAGCUCAGAAAGGUCCAACAGCGUGGGGAGUCUCAGAGGAGCGGAUGUUGCCGCAGAAAAGCUGUUGGAGCUGGGAGACGGUGGGAAUACGGGAGCGCAGAGGAAGGUGGAUCAGAACCACAGCCCUCCUGACACCGUCAACAUCCCCGCUUUGGAAACAGAAGAUGGAUUGGAUGAAGCUUUUUCCAGCUGUGCUCUGGAUAGCUAUGCUUCACUUCCAGACUUGCAGUGUCCCGUACUAACCCUCAGGUCAUGGACGAUGGGGUAACGCCGCACACUGAAGCGGACAGUCCCACCAGAAACAACCCCAAAUGUUCCUGCUCCUAUGAAGACAAAAAUUCCCGUAUCUGAUCUCCAAGAGAGCAGCAGAGGGUUCUACGAGUGCGGCUCAGCGAACAGGAACAAGAAAGCAAACAGAGUCAAAAACCAAGCUGCUGCCCGGCGUCUCCUCUGGUCUUCCUUCUGUUUUCAUCAGCAAAAGUGUUCUGUAUGGAAUCCAGCAAAUGUCUGCUUUCUUUUCAGGGUGAAAUAACUUUUGGUUCACUGUAGCAAAAACUUUAUAACAGUAGGACAAAUGUUUCCUUUUCAAAAGAUCACGUCUUCUCUGCCCCAACGCCCGAUGUGUUUAUUGUGUAAGAUCAAAAAAUCAUUUCGGAUUUGAUCAAAAUAUGAUUAAACACAAUAUUUUAUUCCA